GAAAAACAGAAAUUCAUAGUGAAAAGGUGUGCUGAUAAUGUUUAGGCUUCUAAUGGUGUCUGUGAUCCGGCUCAAGUCUCUUUAUGGCGAUGUUACUAGUCCUCUUUUCCAACAGACAGCAAUCGGCGUCGACAUAGCUCUCUGGCCCGACCUUGAAAUCGAAAUCACCAUAAUCUGCAGCUCCGUCCCAGCCCUUCAUGCAUUCAUCUCGCGCAUCAUCCUCCAGCACCCCUCUUAGGUUACGCGAGCAACACCCAAAGCUGCCUCCAAUCCCACGUCCUCAAGAGUACGAAUAGCGAUGGCAGAGACAACAGGCGGAAGAUCAAUAUGAGAGAGUCGAUUGAGAUAAAGAGGCAUCU